AUGGAUAUUAGUCUUUAUUUGUACAUUAUUCAUUACGAAGAAGCUGCAAAAGCUGUAGCAUUGCAUAAAAUUCAGGAAGAAGAAUUCUUUUCAGAACUUGGUGAAACUUCUGAUUUCGAUCAACAUUGUAAUCGAAUCGAUAAUAAUCUAAGUUUCAAACUUAGAGAAGUCAAAGUCCUUUGCAUUAAACUAGUAUGUCAUUUAGAUAUGUUAAGUCAAUCGGAUGAUUCAGAACGUAAUAAUUACUGCAAUUACAUACGUUUUUGGUUAAAUGAACACAUAAGUGAAAUACAUACUAUAAAUCUGUAG